AUGUAUGUUACAACAUUUGAAUACUACUUUCUUCUCUUGUUGGUACUUGUACCUGUACACUUAUUCUUUAAACUUUGGUCUUGGCUAGGCUGGGAAUUAUUUAUCAAUAAUUAAUGUUGUAGAAGAUCCAAAUAAAUAAUAAAGCUGUAAUGAUUGCUCUUUUCUAUAUA